AUGUCAUUGCCGCAGAGGCCAGGCAAAGCGUCACCUCGUCGUGAGGAAACCCGCGCAUUUCGUGAAUCAUCCCGUCGCCGCCGCCGAGAUACCGACUCGGGAGCCCACAGCGACGACCCCACUUCUCCUUCCCACCGACACCGCCGCCGACACUCUCAUAGCCACCGGAGAGGCAUGGAUACCGACGAAGAGCGCAUGGAGCGCGGCGCCGACGUGCGGCGCAAAAAAAGCAUGGUCAAACCAGAGCGCCGACGAGAGGACCGCGAUCACCCAAACUACCACUACCGUGAGCGAUCGCAUAAUAUGACAACCUACCCCUCCACCACGGGUAAUGACCCGCUGCUGGAUCACCGAGAGGGCGAGGCAGAGACCAAUAGCUCUCGCAGCAUGGAAUCGAAGAAAGAUGGACUGUACGGAGCGCGAGGAAAUGUCAACAAACCGAUGGAGCGGGUGCCCAGCCGGCAUCGCUCCAAGAAGAAGAAGAGAGGGUCGCGACGAUCUUCGAGAGGUGUCUCAGCGGACGAGAAGAGGCGCCGAAAAGCGAUUGAGGAGAGUGGCCCACCGGAGCUGUGGCCGACCUAUUGCGCAGUGCUCACUUGCUUCAUCCCGGACUUUGUCCUGAAGUGCUUUGGCAUGCCGCAGAAAGAGCAGCGCACUGCCUGGCGAGAGAAGAUUGGUUUGAUCAGUAUCAUUCUCAUGAUCGCUGCCUUCGUUGGUUUCCUGACCUUUGGUUUCACGGCUACCGUCUGUGGCUCGCCUCCGGUUCGUCUGAAGGUCAACAAAGUCAACUCCAACUACAUGAUCUUCCACGGGAAGGCAUAUGAUUUGACUGGAUCCACUCACCCGUCUGCGGAGGGUAUUCCAUCUGGUACGAAUGUUCUUUAUGAUCUGCCACACAAGUACGGCGGUCAAGACGGCAGCUUCUUCUUCCAGCAGGUCAAUGGCGCUUGCAAAGGUUUGAUUACUGCCAAGUCCGACGGAGGAGUUCCUACCAACUCUAAUGGAGAUCUGGGUUGGUAUUUCCCAUGUGUGCCCUUCAACCAGGACGGCUCAUCAAAGCCGAAUUUGACCGUUGAAAAUUACCUGGGCUGGGCUUGCCACACCAGCAAAUCGGCGCGUAACCCAUUCUACACUCUGUCCAGUGAUGGUGAUGUGUACUACACCUGGGAAGACACCAAGAACAAGAGCCGAAACCUCGCAGUGUACUCCGGAAAUGUACUCGACUUGGAUCUUUUGGCUUGGUUCAACAGCAGCCAGGUCUCGUGGCCGUCUCAAUUCGACGAACUUCGCAAGAACCCGCAUGUUCGGGGUGUUGACCUUACCUACUACCUUCAGAGUGGAGAGGACAAGAAGGUCGGAAAGUGUUUGACCCAAAUAGUCAAGGUGGGCAGUAUCGACACCGACACCGUUGGCUGCAUCGCCUCCAAGGUCGUACUUUACGUGUCCUUGAUCUUUAUCCUGUCCAUUGUGGUCGUCAAAUUCGCCUUCGCCCUGCUGUUCCAGUGGUUCUUGGCUCCCAGGUUCGCCGCGCAGAGCACGAGUAUGGCCUCUGAUGCCAGAACCCGUAACCAACAGAUCGAAGACUGGUCCAACGAUAUCUACCGACCCGCUCCCCGCAUCGCUGAUCCAGUUGCUUCUGAUCGAAUGAGCAAGCGUGCCAGUUUCUUGCCUACCACAUCACGUUUCUCGAGCCCGUACAAUGUAAGCAGCAGCAGCGGCAGCAAGCAGAGGCCAGUGUAUGUCACAAUGGCCAGCCAGAACUCGACCUCCCGUCUCAUGCCCAGCUCCGCCCCUGGAACCAUGUACAAGUUGAGUCAAAAUGGUAGCGGUGGCACUCUGAGCGCUGAAAACUUGCGGAACCCGCAUACCGCCAGUCGGACAAGUCUGCUCCCUCCGGGUCAGGACCAAGGUUAUGCGACUGUUACGACCGACCAAGAAGGCUCCGGGCCUGCUGGUUUCAUCCACGAGGCUGUCGUGCCCCAGCCACCUCCUGAAUGGCAGCCAUUUGGAUAUCCUCUUGCGCACUCGCUCUGCCUGGUUACUUGCUAUUCCGAAGGCGAGGAGGGCAUUCGAUCGACUUUGGAUUCACUUGCAAUGACGGACUAUCCGAACAGUCACAAGACGCUUCUGGUCAUUUGCGACGGUAUCAUCAAGGGCAAAGGAGAGGAAUUUUCUACCCCGGAUAUUGUGCUGGGCAUGAUGAAGGAUUUCGUUGUUGCCAAGGACGAUGUCCAGCCCUACUCCUACGUGGCCGUGGCGACUGGUUCCAAGCGACACAACAUGGCCAAGGUUUACACAGGAUUUUACGAUUAUGGCGACACCUCGAUUAUUCCCACCGAAAAACAACAGCGUGUUCCAAUGAUGGUCGUUGUCAAGUGUGGAACUCCCCAGGAAUCCACUCAGUCCAAACCCGGUAAUCGAGGCAAGCGCGACAGUCAGAUUAUCCUCAUGUCAUUCCUUCAGAAGGUGAUGUUUGACGAACGUAUGACGGAACUCGAGUUCGAGAUGUUUAAUGGCAUGUGGAACGUCACGGGCAUCCCGCCAGACUUCUAUGAGGUCGUUCUGAUGGUCGACGCCGAUACAAAAGUCUUCCCCGACAGUCUGACCCACAUGGUCUCGGCCAUGGUGAAGGACCCCGAAAUCAUGGGUCUCUGUGGAGAAACCAAGAUUGCCAACAAGACCGACAGCUGGGUAACCAUGAUCCAGGUUUUCGAGUACUUCAUCUCUCAUCAUCAAGCUAAAUCCUUCGAGUCAAUCUUCGGUGGUGUGACAUGCCUUCCGGGAUGCUUCACCAUGUAUCGCAUCAAAGCUCCGAAGGGCGGCCAAAACUACUGGGUACCCAUUCUCGCAAAUCCAGACAUUGUCGAGCACUACUCCGAGAAUGUAGUUGACACGCUGCACAAGAAGAAUUUGCUUCUUCUCGGCGAGGAUCGCUAUCUCACAACCCUCAUGCUCAAAACCUUCCCCAAGCGCAAGCAGAUCUUCGUCCCGCAGGCUGUCUGCAAGACUGUUGUUCCCGAUGCAUUCAUGGUCCUCCUCUCCCAGCGUCGCCGCUGGAUCAACAGUACCGUGCACAAUCUCUUCGAGCUAGUCCUCGUUCGUGAUCUGUGUGGAACGUUCUGCUUCAGCAUGCAGUUUGUCAUCUUUAUUGAACUCGUCGGCACCCUGGUCCUCCCUGCCGCCAUUUCCUUUACUAUCUACGUCGUCAUCUCCUCCAUCGUCAAAAAGCCCGUCCAGGUCAUCCCGCUGGUCCUGCUCGGUCUGAUCCUGGGUCUACCCGGUGUACUGAUUGUCGUCACGGCGCACAAACUGGUCUACGUUCUUUGGAUGCUGAUCUACCUGAUCUCACUUCCAAUUUGGAACUUCGUUCUUCCGAUGUAUGCGUUCUGGAAAUUCGAUGACUUCAGUUGGGGCGAUACACGUAAGACCGCAGGCGAGAAAGACAAGGGCCAUGGCGACGCGGAGGGUGAGUUCGAUAGUACCAAGAUUACGAUGAAGAGGUGGCGUGAUUUCGAAAAAGAACGCCGCUUGCGCAAAACGUGGGCACAGCCCCAUGCGUCGGAUUACCCGUCGCACUACGAGACGUACUCCCAUUAUUAA